AUGAAUAAAAGCCGACUUUCAUUCCCCCCUUCGCCAGCCCUACCUGCACUCUCUUGCACCCAACGGACUCUUGCUUUCGCCUUCGUUGCCCUCAAUCUACCACCCCCCCAGCCACCCCCAUCAUCACUCCAAGGUCCCCUUCCACUCGCUCUAUCUAUUAUUGCCAUGGACCAAUUCUCCACCACCUCCACCAUGCCGCUUGACAUCGAGGUCUCCUUCCUCGCUCUGCCUGGCUCCAAUCCCCAACUCGUUGCUGCCUGCUCGGUCACCACUCAAACUCAUGCACAAGAAGACGCUGAAAGGGAGUCCGAAAGCGCUCUCUACGCCAUGUACCUCGCCUGCGGCGGGGCUGUCGACCAAAACGGUGUCCCCAUCGAUGCCGAUAGCGCCUCUGGCAACUUUUCCUACACGUGCAUCAUCGCCUAA